AUGGUGCGGGUGCGGGGAGCGCAGUACUAUGCGGGGAGCGUGGGGGGAGAAACCAUCUCAUUCGAAGGCCGCGCAGACUUGGAAAGGCGAGAACCAGGAAAGGGCCGCAGUCCGGAGGAGCUGGGCUUCCGCUCGGAGGUCCCCGGCAACGGCCGGUCCCCUGCGAGUGUGGUCACCUCUGCUUUACACCUUCCUCGUAACACGCUGGCCAAGUCCAGGGGAGACCGGAGCGACGUCCCAGCUCACUCCCCGCCACGCUUUCUGGACUUGCCGGUCUGCCAACGUCCAAGUUGGGAAAACAGCUCGGCAGAAGGCGACUUCCAGAAGCCUGCCGGUCAGGGCCUGGUGACCAAGGAGGGGAGCUGGAAGAAGUUCAUCUGGAACUCGGAGAAGAAGGAGUUUUUGGGCAGGACCGGCGGCAGCUGGUUUAAGAUCCUUCUGUUCUACGUGAUAUUCUACGGCUGCCUGGCCGGCAUCUUCAUCGGCACCAUCCAGGUGAUGCUGCUCACCAUCAGCGAGUUCAAGCCCACCUACCAGGACCGGGUGGCCCCACCAGGGUUGACGCAGAUUCCCCAGAUCCAGAAGACUGAAAUCUCCUUCCGUCCUCAGGAAUCCAAGACCUACCAACCGUACGUGACGAACAUAGUUAGGUUCCUGGAGAAGUACAAAGACGCCGCCCAGAGGGACGACAUGAUCUUUGAAGACUGCGGCAGUGUGCCCAGCGAAUACAAAGAACGAGGACCCUACGACAGUGACCCCGGCGAGCGGAAGGUCUGCAGGUUCAAGCUCGAGUGGCUGGGAAACUGCUCCGGGAUAAACGAUGACUCCUACGGCUACAAGGACGGCAAACCGUGCGUCAUCAUAAAGCUCAACCGAGUUCUGGGCUUCAAACCGAAGCCUCCCAAGAACGAAUCCUCGGAGACCUCCGCGGUGCUGAAGUAUAACCCCUACGUCCUGCCCGUUCAGUGCACCGGCAAGCGUGACGAGGACAAGGAGAAGAUCGGGACCGUGGAGUACUUCGGCCUGGGCGGCCACGCCGGCUUCCCGCUGCAGUACUACCCCUACUAUGGGAAGCUGCUGCAGCCCAAGUACCUGCAGCCGCUGCUGGCCGUGCAGUUCACCAACCUCACCGUGGACACCGAGGUCCGCAUCGAGUGCAAGGCCUUCGGGGAGAACAUCGGGUACAGCGAGAAGGACCGCUUCCAGGGCCGCUUCGACGUGAAGAUCGAAGUUAAGAGCUGAUCGCGAGCACAGAUCUUUCCCACUAGCCAUUUAAGAAGUUAAAGAUACAAAAACCUACUAGUCUUGAACAAACUGUCAUACGUAUGGGACCUACACUUAAUCUAUAUGCUUUACACUAGCUUUCCGCAUUUCAUAGGUUAGAAUGUAAAUUUAAAGUGUAGCAAUAGCCAACAAAAUAUUUAUUCUACUGUAAAUGACAAAAGAAGAAUACGAAUUGAGCCUCGGGACGUGCCCAUUUCUACUGUAAAUGAUGAUUCCAUAACCGACGUAGUGAGCAGUGUUUCUGGCCCCUCGGUAGCGCCGCCUGUGUCUCUUCCUUAGUGUACAGUACUCUAGGUGCACUCUGGUCAUUUUUCAAGCCAUGUUUUACCAUAUGUUUUCUACUUUCCGUGAGCAAGGUUUGUUGUCCAAGGUGUAAAUAGGCAACGGGAAUCGAACCGGCAUGGUACUUUUUGGGGGGAGGGUGGCUCUUUCAGAGAUAAAUGACCCAUUCAUGAGUAUUUUUAACACACUCCAUAGUCUCUUCCUGUGGUGUUAGGUCUUUUUUUUUUCUUUCUUUCUUUUUUCCCCUGGGGCUGGGAGGGUGGGCUGUCAUGGGGGAACUUGCCCUUUACAUUUUAAGUGACACUACAGAGAAACACAAAAGUGAGCGGUCGUGCUGUGCUGUGUAUGGAAUGCUGUCUUGACACCUCUUACCUUGUCCUCCAGUGCGUUCUGAAGCUGUAGGUGACCUGGGUCGCCCGUCACUUCGGCCAGUGAUCAGGCGAGUUGAUUUGCUUUGUACCUUUUCUUUUUCUCCUUUUUCCUUUCUUGGAGGCAUCACAUGCUGGUGCUGUGUCUUCAUGGAUGUUUUAACCAUUUUCAUGGUGGAAGAAUUUUAUAUUUAUGCAGUUGUACAAUUUUAUUUUUUUCUGCAAGAAAAAAGUGUAAUGUAUGAAAUAAACCAAAGUCACUUGUUUGAAAAAUAAA